GGGCGGGGAGCGGGAGCCGCGCGGGGCACGCCGGGAGGCGCCGUGAGGGGGUAUAAGGGCCGGCGGCCGCCGCCAUCUUCCUCUCGGCAGCGCGCAGCCAUGGGCCACCAGCAGCUCUACUGGAGCCACCCCAGGAAAUUCGGGCAGGGCUCUCGCUCUUGCCGCGUGUGCUCCAACCGCCACGGCCUCAUCCGCAAGUACGGGCUCAACAUGUGCCGGCAGUGCUUCCGCCAGUACGCCAAGGACAUCGGGUUCAUCAAGCUGGACUGAGCGCCGGCAGGAUGAGGCGACAGCCAGGAGCUCCCGGCGCGUCCCAGGCCCUCCCUGACACGUCUGCAGCGUCUCGGCUCAGUCUCACCUAAUAAAUGGUCUCCUAACCCA